CCAAUCCGAGCCUAGGAGCGCGCCGCCGAGAGACUCUGUGUGGGUUCUCCCAGUCCAGGAUAAAACUGUUUGCCUGUGUUUUGGGGAACACCGUCGGGAACUUAUCACCCAUCCAACUGUAGGCUACUACUAGCCACUGAGACACGUGAUUGGAAUCACCAUUCCGCCCGCGUCCUCUCUCCCUCCCCGCUGAUGUUUUUUUACUGAAUUGCUCGAGAUAACCACGGAUUGAGGAUUAGUUCUGUUAGGGUCUUAUGUUAUGGGGCUAGCAUGAGACAGAGCCCAGCACCGAUCCAGCGCUCUAUGGACAUACCCUUCCCCAGUGCCCGGGAGGCAAGUCGGCUUCUGUAAAUGAGGUGGCCAUGGAGAGAAGAAGCGGCUGCGGAGUACAUCAGAUGUGCUUUCUGUUUCUCUUACUGUUUUCACUGUAUCCUGUCUACUGUCGAGCCAGUUGGAUGUGGUUGGGAAUAACCUCCGUGGGAGUACCGGAGAAGCUGGGCUGCGCCAAUCUCCCGCUGACGCACAAGCAGAAGGACCUGUGCAAGAGAAAGCCCCAUCUCCUGUCAAGCAUCAAGGCCGGCGCGCGCAUCGGCAUCGCGGAGUGCCAGACGCAGUUCGAGCACGAGCGGUGGAACUGUUCUACCACCAAAGAGCUCUCUGUGUUCGGCUACGAGCUAACCAGUGGGACCAAGGAGACGGCGUUUAUCCACGCGGUGAUGGCGGCUGGGCUGGUCCAGGCAGUGACGCGCUCCUGCAGUGCAGGCAACAUGACGGAAUGUGGCUGUGACACCAGCCUGCAGGGCACAGGCUCGCCCAGCAAAGGGUGGCACUGGGGCGGCUGCUCAGACCAUAUCCAGUACGGUACAUGGUUCAGCAGGAAGUUCAUAGAUAAUGCAGUGAAGAAUAUGUCCUCAGCCAGGGGAGGGGAUGCACUGCUCACCAUGAACCAGCACAACAGUGAAGCCGGGAGACAGGCCGUCGCCAAGACGAUGGCCACCGACUGCCGUUGCCACGGCGUGUCGGGCUCGUGCGCCGUGAAGACGUGCUGGCGCACCAUGGCGUCGUUCGAGCGCGUGGGCAACUUCCUGAAGGAGCGCUACGAGGGAAGCGUGCAGGUGCUGGACCGUUCCAAGAGAAAGGUGAGGAGGAAGGAGAAGGACCAGCGACGCGUGCCCAUCGGGAAGGAAGAACUUAUCUUCCUCAACAAGUCUCCUAACUACUGUCUGGAGGACCGGCGCUGGGGCGUGGCGGGCACUAGAGGGCGCCGGUGUAACCGCACCUCGGCCGGCCCCGACGGGUGUAACCUGCUCUGCUGCGGUCGAGGGUAUAAUACACACGUGGUUCGCCACGUAGAGAGGUGCGAGUGUAAGUUUGUGUGGUGUUGCUAUGUGAGGUGUCAGAAGUGUGAGAGCAUGAAUGACAUGCACACCUGUAAAUAGGGAGAGGGAGGCAGGCGAUGGCACACACACA